GCUGCAAGUCACCAGAUAGAGUGAUGAAGGCGGGGUUCAUCUGCUUAGCCGUGCCGCUUUCUUGGAGUUUUACAUAGCAGAACACAGCUUUGGUGCUACAGUUUGAUAAGACAACGGUCAUGGAUACAUAUAUGAAGUAUCAUCAUGAACAUUCAAGAUGUCUGUCAAGCAGGCAACAGAUCUACCGACUCCAGUUGGUGAUUUCUACAUGCGCAAUGGACUUAGUCAAGGAGAUCAACUUAUCUGUUAUGAAUUCGUUAAAAAUGCUUUCCCAGGGAAGAAUAUCGAGGAGCCUGCAUGUCAAGGAUAUUGCUCGCUGACUUUUUUGGUGGGAGACGAUAUCGUUGUUCAAUUUCGACCUGUUAAAUAUCGAUUGAAUCUCAUGACAACUCAUGCUGCACGAGAGGUAUACGGGAUGUUCUGUCCUCGAAUAGCUUAUGUUACCAGUCUCCCGAAAUCUGGAUUGUUGGUAUAUUCGAUGAAUCGGUUACCGGGUGUUUCAUAUAAAGAUUUCCGAGCAAGCAACACAUCCCUAGCUAUCAGUACCGAAACUCGAGCAGUGCUAUGUAAAGAUUUCGCCGCAUUUCUAGCAGUAGGAUGGCAUCGAAAGGACUGUAUGUCUCUCCUGCGUGGUGUUGUAGGAUUAUCAAUGCUAUCUCGUCUUGAACUACUAUGCAAGGAUCUACCAAACCGAUUCCAGCCACUAGCUAAAAGGAUCCGUAAAGAUAUGCAAUUCAUUGAAUCUAUUCCAUGGGUACUAACUCACGGCGACAUAAUUCCAAGCAAUAUCAUUAUCGAUCCCCUUACGCACCACCUUGCUGGACUGGUUGAUUGGGCAGAGGCCGAACCUCUACCAUUCGGAACCUGUUUCUAUGGACUGGAAGAGAUUCUGGGCGAGAUUACACCCACUGGUUUUCAUUAUCAUGCGGAUGCGUCAUAUCUGCGAAGGCUUUUCUGGAUCGAACUUAUCACCCUGAUCCCCGAGCUGAAACAAGAUGAGUUGAUGAGAACAGUUAAAAUUUCUAGAGAUUUGGGAGUACUGCUUUGGCACGGUAUUGCCUGGGACGACGGUGCUAUUAAUCGAGUGGUAAUGGAGGAGAGAGACGAGGACGCGGAUGAAAUAAAGAGAUUAGAUGCCUUCCUGGAUACUGAUGUUAGAGACGGCAUUACUACUGAACCAAAGCAUUCGUCGAGACUUUAAAGAGCGCCAUAUAUCUAACUCAGAGCAUGGAAAUGCCGACCUGAAUUCCGAAGACCAAUUCACAUAACGAUUUACAGCUUCCAUCCAUGCGAUACGCUGCGAGAACACGACAUGCCUUGUCGAGAGCAAGUCGAUAGCUCUAUCUUAUACCAUCAUUUCAUCCUAUUCUCCGAGCUAAUCGGGAGUGUCAAGCAAGCAAGAAUUAUCCAUUUCAACAAUGUUUCAUUCUUGACAAUAUCAACAUCUCUCAUCCCUCCGCCCUAAAAAGAGCAACCAUCAGCUUAUCCCCAUUUUACCUCCUUGUCUUUUCUGGUCCACGUUACCGGUUUACUAGGAAUCGACUUUCACUAUUUGAAGACGUCAAGUUUCUUUUGACAUUUUGACAUAUUGGAAGAUCGGGCCUUACUAUCUUAAAUUUGUAGAUCCAUACACACAUAUGUUUCACUUUAUUUUUAUUUUUUAAUACUGGACCACGUCUUUCUUCAUUUGUCUAUAGCGGAGACUUUUCCUUGGUAUAAUUUUUCAUGAAUCAGAUACCCA